UGUGUCUAGUAGUUUUUGGGGUUUUUUUGCACAUUCAUAGAUUUUCAAUGAGGGAGAAUGAGUAGUUUUUAAGAACUGUUAAAUAGUUGAUUCAGUUUUUUUGUAGGGAAACCAUAUAAAGACAAAUUAUUAUUCAAAGCAGAGUAUUUUUAUGUCUUAAAAACAUGUCUGGAGGGCAUCUUACAGUUAUCAGCGGACUGAUAAUACAAAAUAAAGAGUUGUUUCAGAUUUUUCUACAAUGCAUCAGCCUGAGGUGAAAAAUGGUCUGUUUGUUGCCAUUGAGCCGCUGGAAAAAAAAAACUGGACUGUUCUGAUCGAGAGCAAAGCCCUCUCUGUUGAACUACACUAUAUAAAGGGGGAAAUUUGUCUAGACUCUGAGACUAGAAGCAGCCACCUGCAGUGGUGCCACGCAAAGAUGUUGAACAUCAGCGAGCUGCCUCUGCAGUUCCUGCCCUCCAGGGCCUCGGACCGUCUGCUGCAGCCUUUGUGGGAUUAUUUCCUUUUUCAUCACCUGUCUCUCAUCUCGUCUCCUUUUUUCCCAGUCAUUCUUGCUUUUUCCAGCUAUGUAUUCUUCAGUGUGCCUUUUGCUGUACUGGACAUCUUGGGAGAAAAGGUGCCUUUAUUCUACCAGUACAAGAUCCAACCGGACAGAAAGCCAACACUGGGAAUGAUGGCAAACAGCUUCCUGACAGCCUUUUAUAACCACAUAUUCUUUGUUCUACCAACUGUAAUAAUGGGCAUGUUCAUUCUGCCUGCACCAACACUGCCACAAGAUGCUCCCACUCUUUAUGAGGUCUUCAUUGAUGGACUGGCUAUGCUUCUCCUCUUUGACACUCAGUACUAUAUUUGGCACUACAUCCAUCACAAGCAUCAACAGCUUUACCGGUGGAUCCAUGCAAUCCACCAUGAAUACAUGGCACCCUUCUCUUGGUCUACUGAGAUGCUCAGCAUCCCAGAACUGAUGACUGUGGGACUCUGGAGCAACCAGGAUCCGAUUCUUUUAAAGUGUCACCCAAUGACAACAUGGUGCGUCACAGUUUUCAGUAUCUGGUUGUCUGUAGAGGACCACAUAGGCUAUGACCUACCCUGGACUCUCAAUCACCUGGUGCCAUUUGGUCUGCUGGGUGGUGCACCGGCUCAUGACAUGCAUCACCAGAUGCCAAGCAGUAACUUUGCGCCUUUUUUCAGCCACUGGGACAGAAUCUUUGGCACUGCUGUCCCUCUGAAGAAAAAAACUAUGAGAAGAUAUUGAGACAAGUGAAUGUAAUGUAAUGUAAAUACUGCUUGUUUAGUGUUAUUUCUUUGAGGUGUCAAUUAUUUUAGCACUUGACUCGCCUUUGUUAAAUGCUAUAUUUUUCUAUUUUUAAUUACAUUGUCUGUAAUUUUAUAGUGCUUGCCGCUGCCUUUCUGCUCCAACAAGUUCCCUUUUCAAGCAGAUUUUCACUUGUUAAAUCAAGUUGCAAUAAAAUAUAACUUUUGAAAAA